AUGAAUUUGGACCAGCUACCUCUACGACCGCAUUACGUGGCCACGUCUGGCUCGUUGCUCGAGAAUAGCAAGGUGCAGAUAUUCCCUCAAGAUGAAUGGGAUGAGUUCAAGCGGAAAAUUACCGCACUCUUGCAAGAAGAGACUAGCAGAGAUGGUACUAGAGAAAAGCAACAUUAUGAGAAGAAAAAAUGUAAGUACUCAUACUCAAGAAGAAGAAAGUAGGCACGAUCUAAGAAGUAGUAGGAAAGGAUUCACAACGACCUGACCUAGAACCUCACACUUUUUCCUUUCAUAAAGAUAUUGGAGCUUGUAUUGAUGGAGAUACGUCUUCUCCUUCUGGUGGUCAUGGUGGAGGUGGAUAUGGUAGCAGUGGUGUAACUUCUAGAGGUAGUACAACAUUGCAGCCACCACGAGGACGCAGAUCUUCUUCGACGAGCUCCCCAUCAUCUCCAUUAGCAAGGGGAACUUCUACUCGUACUAAAAGUACUACUAAAGUUAAGGCUUCCACCCACAUUAUUUUAAAUCCAUCUUAGAAAUCAAGCAUCAUGAUCUUGUGUCUUCUUUUUAUAGCGGAAAGCAUGUAAUUACAACCGAUGAUUCGCAAGAUGGAUUUAUGAUGUGGGGUCUAAUACUACAACGAGAGAAAAGCAGCUCCAACGCAUUUUCGCCUCGUUAGAGGAGAGUUCAGCGAGACAACUGAUAAAUCCUGAAAGAGACAUGUCCCCACCAAGCUUCGCGGACGUAGAGACGGGACUGCAGAUAUUGGGUCUACGCGGGAAAGGGCAUAAGAAACUGAGAAAAACAGAACUGCUCAAGAUGCUGCCGAAAAGCAAGCGAGACGCGGAUCCUGAGUUUCAGAAAGCGCUUCAGUGGUGCUUCGAUGGUGCGCCUGAGUUUGAAGCGACGAGAGAUGACAGUAAAGAAGAAGGCGUCGACGGUGGAGUCCUCGGAGAUACAAGUGGUAGCAGAACUGGUACAACCACUGGACCAGGAACAGAGAAAGCUUAAGCCAGGUUCAUGUUAAUGAUUCAUGUCUACCGAUCACCUUUUUCUUUCUCCGUUUUCUUCUUAGAAGAAGAUCAAAAUGAAAAGAUGCUGAGCUUACAGAAAAUGAAGCCCUCAGACUCUUGAUGUAAAUUUAAUGCUCUAAAUCAAAACGACAAAGCCUCGAAAAGCGAAAGAACCAACAAAGAAAGAGCGCACGACGGCCACAGUAGAUGUGAUAGACGAUGUAACAUCGGAAGAGCAUCGCUUUGGCACUUGUUCUAGAGCAAGAGGGUGUUUGGGCAACAGAAGUAGCUGGCACGCUGGCGACGAGGACGAUCACAUAGAGGACGAAGACGAUGAUGAGCAAGCUAUAGACUACAGGUCUCUGGUGAAAAUCUUGGCACACGAAGAUUCCGAAGAUAGUGACGACGGGGGAAAGAAGAAGAAGAAGAAGACAUGUCUUGGUCGUGUCUGUGACAAGAUUCUUUGUAGAAGUAGUAAUGAUGAUGCAAAGAUCAAGAUGAGUAAAGAAGACGGAGAGGAGGACGAUGACAUUACUGAUUUUGAAGAGGAGAAGGAUGACCAACAUGAUGAGGAGGCAAAAAUGAAAGAAGAAGAGAAAUUGAAGCAGACGAAUUCACCGACAGAUGACGACAAGGGAGGUGCAGGUGAAGGUGCUGAAGGUGAAGGUCAAGCUACAAGUAAAGCUCCUAACGCUACUUUCGUCGGAGUGCCUCCACAAGUGCCAGACGAAGAAAUGAUGCCGAAACCCAGACCCUCUGAGGUUCCACAUGCUAAGAGAAGCACCAAAAACGACCCUAGUGGAGAUGGCGUGCUUGAUAUCAACGCGCUAUUGGCAAACAUACAUAGGGGAAAACAUUAUGGCAACAACGCAUAAAGUGACAACAAAUUACAAUUAGUCAUCUCGAUACGAUUACGACCCAACAUACAAGUCAUUUUUACCCCAGAAGUUUAACGAAAACAACUAUGCGAUAAGAAUGUUCUUAAUAUCCAUGCAGCUCCCCACCUUCUUUCUCAUCCUUUGUUCUUGUGUCUACUGCUUUCCCUAGGUGCCGGGGGGCUCGAUGUGCAGGAUUCACAAUGAUCUACCCUAACCUUCUUCUCUAACACCCUCUCUACAACCACGACGUGGAUGCGUGUACGGUGUGUCGCGGAUGGAAAUUAGAGCGGAAAAAUGUUGAGAUGGCUAGAUUUCUUCGGUCACUUGCUAUUCAGCACGAUCGGGACGAGAUUUACAUGGAAAUGGCUAGACUGCGAUUAGAAGAAGCCGAGGCACUCGCAGCAAUGAAAGAGAGCUUGUUGAGAAGAGCUACGCGGAAGGGAAGAUGUUUAUGAAGCAGAUUUUUUUCUAUCGUCUGAAUUACUUCAGGUUCUGAUCUUGUCCAUUUACGUUAAACCCACAUAUCAAAACUGUCUCUUUCAAAAACCCUCCUUCUUCUAAACCCAUCCAGAAAAAUGACAUACAUACAAGUUGUACCCCAUAUCAUUAUCAACCCCUCCUUCUAACCUCAGCCAGAAUUCUCUGCUGCGGCAGCAAUCACAGUCAUCACCGGCACCAGCAGUCGCUGUCUUCGCUGUACAACAAUAACGAGCAUCACCACGAAAGACCCUCUGGUAUUUCUUUGGUCAGACGCUCAGCUUUGGACGACUUCGACUUUCCAACAGAUCUAUUAUGGCUCUCCACAAUUCAUCUGGAGACGCAUCUUUCCUAAGACUGGGUACACUACUACUACUAAGAGCAAAGUCUUCGGCACGUUUUCAAGGGACAAACAUAUCAAAGAUGCUCUCGUCCGAAAUGAAUUAAGGUAAGCUCCUCUAAAUAUAACAGGAAGCACCUCUCCUGCGUCUGCUGGUAGGAGGGACACUUCCUCUGGCGGAAAUAAUGAUGGUGCAGCUAAUAAUGAUGGUGCAGCUGGGAGGAUUAGCGCCACUGCUGAUGAUGGGAUGGGCGAAGAAGUUACCUAGCUUAUUGUACCAAGUAAACACUUACUGUACUAGGUAGACAGUUAGAAGACGUAGAUGUAGAAGUAGUACUAGUAGCUUUCUCUUUCAUUACAAAAAAAAAAAUAGACCUUAGGUAGGACUGGAAGAUGAAGGAAUUUGUAACGGAAUCGAUAUGUGGUAACGAAAUCGCUAUUUUUGGUAUUUGAUAGCUUGGCAGGCUUGGCCUGUGAGGAGACAUCCAUAAAAUAUUCAACAUUGGAAGAUUCUGGACACCUCCAAUAUUCAACAUUUAGCUGUACUACGGAAUCAUCAUCUUCGUGGUAUAAUAUGAAGAUGAAGAUGAAGUAGAUCUAGUACUGUAUUCGAUGGCCACGAUCUGGAAGCUUUACCUAGGAUCUAGAAGGAUGAAUUACGGUGAGCCUUAAUCAACGUGAUUGUAAAGUCUUUCUCCUAUGGGAUCCUCUCCUAGAACUAGUGUGCGACAGAAAUGGACAGAUUCUUGGUACACCAACCCUGGUUUAGAUUUUACACUGUCUCCGUUUAGGAAUAAACAAAAGAAAUAUCCUAGAUCGAUUCUUACAAUGUAGAUUUUAUUGUUAAAGCACCCAAUAUCAUUCAUCUUCAAAAUUUUGGGUGUGGCUCCUGAGAUUAGCACCAAAACAAAGAUGUGGAGAAUUUUUGUAAACCCUGAUGUUGCUAACAACUGUUGCCCGCCUUCUAAACGAUCGCUAUGUACCUUCUGUGGCUGACCAUUGUCUAGGAAAAGAAAUACCAGACAGCAAGUAUCGCCUGCCUCCAUAUAAUCAAG